UAAAAACUUAUGAAAUAUUCUAUCAUAGUUGAAAUUAAGAAGUUAUUAUUGACAAAAUGAUAAUCAUAAAAAUGUUUGUACUAAUCGGAUUUUUUUCAUUAUCUCGAUCGAGAAACCGUUUUAUGCCGAACUUGCCUAUGGGAGAAUAUCGUGUGGUGUUUGAUAAAUUAUAUUCGUGUGAACCAACUGAAAACCAUUCAAUUCAAUUUUAUAUUUAUUUUAGUAAAAAGUCAUUAAGUAUUGUUGAGUUGAAAGGUAAUGUAACAACUUUGAUACCGUUUGGCGAUAAUAUUAUAGGUGAUGUAAAUAUUGCGUCUUGGGGUUCAACUGGUGGUUGGAAACCUAAUUCUAUAAUUCACGUAACAAAAAAGGCAUGUAGUACACUGAAAACUGUUGUUGGAAAUGCAUGGGUUACAUUUCAAAAGGCUUUUCACGUACCAACUGAUACCUGUCCAAUACCAAAGGGCACAUAUAUUUCAUCAGGGAUGGACAUGAACAAAUUAAUUGAAGGUCAUAAUUUUCCCAAAGUGUAUUUUUACGGAAAAUAUAAAGCUACAUUUAAAUUUAAAAACGUAGAAAACCAAUUACUUGGCUGUGGGGUUUUGGAGUUUAGUCUCAUACGACCAUGGGAAACACCUAUUUGA